AUGCGUCACUUCCAGCAGAACAAAGUGAACAAAGAGAGCUUGGAGCUUCUGAAGAAAAUGAGCAGAAUUUCCCCCUCACAAUGCAUACGUGAAAGGACAGCUUUCAAACCCACCCAGGAAGUUUGCCAACUCCCACUGUUCCAGAAGGAUAAUGCCAAGAUGGCAAUGCAAGAGAUCCUCCAAGAGAUCUUCAACAUCUUUAGCAAAAACCUCCCCCAAAGUACCUGGGAUGGGAUUUCUAUAGUCAGGUUCCAAAAUAGACUUUACCAGCAAAUUCAGCAGCUGGAGGCGUGUUUGAAAGCAAAAAUGGAAAAGGACUUAACCAACCCAGAAAGUGAGGACCUCCAGCACACCGGUUGGAGAGUGAAACAAUACUUUCAGAGGAUAGAUGCUUUCCUGAAAGAAAAGCAAUACAGCCUGUGUGCCUGGGAGAUCAUUCGCGUGGAAAUACCCAGAUGUUUUGUACUGACUGACAAACUCAACAGAAGCCUUAGUAACUAAGGUACAGUACCAAGCUUUUCCCUGUAGUUAAUGACCUAACAUUAGUAUAAUUUUUACAGCUGAACAGAGAUAGUGGAUAUUUUAUAUCAGAGGGGUAGCCGUGUUAGUCUGGAUCUGUAAAAAGCAACAAAGUACACAUAUGUG